AUGGAGGUUGAUCAGAUCAUUAACCGUGCGCUGAACGAAGUGCUCAACCUUAAGACGUCUGAGGACAGACAUGAUGAGGAGCUUAAAGCAUCUGAGGCCAGACACACUGAGGAGCUUAAGAUGGCUAAGGCGAAAUACAUCGAGCAGUUCGAGGCAGUCAAGAAGAAAAACGCUGAGCUGCUCGAACAUAAGGCUAAGCUGGCCAAAGAGCUGAAACAACAUCAGGCUACCUUGACCAAAGCCAUUGAAACUAAAGAGAAGUACAAGGAGGCUUCUUUUCUUAAUUUCAAGGAAGCCUCUAAGCUUCAAGAUGAUCUGGUCAUCAGUAGAAAGGAGACUGGGAGGUUGGAGGAACGCGUCAAAGAGCUCAAGGAGACCAAUGCUGAUAACCUGGAGAGGUACAAGGGAGCCACCUUUAGAUGCUUUUAUACGUUCUAG